GCGAGGCAGCUGAGAGGGAAGAGCAGCAGAACGACUGAUUACCUGAUUCCUGCAACAUGAGUCCUGCUCUGGUGCUGUUGGUCUCCUCUCUGCUGGUCUCAGUGGCCUCUCAGUCUCAGGACCACCACGACAUGGGCUGGGUCAACGGGUUUCGGCAGAGCUUCAACUUCCAGUGUCCCCACGGAGAGGUGCUGGUGGCCCUCAGGAGCUUCUACAGCGAGGCCGAUGGGAUGGACCGGCUGUGGUCCUUCGAGUGCCAGGCGACACCCGAGGGCCUGGGGGAGCCCAGUGACUGCUGGUGGGACGACAUCAACCGAGGGGGCAUGGAGUGGACUUCCACGUGCACUCGUAACGGGCUGGUGGCCGGCGUGCAGAGCAAGUACUUUGAGUCCGUUCUGGACCGAGAGUGGCAGUUCUACUGCUGCUACUACAAGCGCCGCUGCCCCUACUCCUGCAUGAAGACCAGUGACGUCCCUGAGCAGUACAGAGAGGAGGGCGAGAUGGUGGUCCCCAGUUAUGGAUUCUUCAUCCGAGGAGCCGAGUCCACCUUCAGUGGAGUUCUGAGGGAUCGGCAGUGGAAGUACAUCCUGUGCAGAAUGACAGACUUUGACUGUGAAUUUGAGAAUUUAUAGAACUUUCCCCUCACUAUAUAAAAGCACAACUAUAUUUACUCUUACAUUUAACCAAAAACAUAAUACUGACAUUAUGCAUAUCUGAUAUGAUUCACAGUUUCAUUUACUUUUGUUAAAUGCAUCGCCCACACACCCUGUAUAAUCACUGUUUGUAAGUCUGGCAUGCACACAUCACUGCUCACAUACUAGUUAAAUGUCUAGACAAACAAACAAACAAAGGAAUUAUGUCACCAAAACCCGAAACUCCAAUAUAAAUUGUGAUCCAGUCUUACAUUUUUAAAGGUCCCAUGUCAUGGCCAUUUCUACUGAUCAUAAUUCCAUUGUUGAGGUAUACUGAAAUAAAUGUAUAUUGUGCAAUUUUCCAAACUCACAUUGGUUUCUCAUACAGCAUCUCUGUAUAGUAUGUGUAUUCACUCUCUGUCCUACACGGCUUGUUGGAGCUCCUGCCCCCCCCCCCCUCCCUGUGAGCCCAGUGGCCGUCCGCGAGACAGCGAGGCACCGUGACUUGUGGUUGCUGCAGGAACUGGAAGUCAUUUGGCAGCAUGUGAAAGUCUUCCAAAAAACAAAGUUGAUAAUUGGAUGCUGUGGUCAUGGUGGUGGAAAACACCAACCAGGCUCCAGCCUCUCUUAGUGAAGGUCACAUGGCGGUGAAGGCCAUUUGGUUGGAUUUUCACGGUCAUAAAAACACUCAGUGGGAUGCAGGGUGUGACUGAUUGAGAUAUUGUCUUGAAGGGAACAAUUGUGUUUGUGUUGAAAGAAAUAUAGACCUAUCAUAUCAUAUAUAGAGCCUCUAGCAUCAGGACUUUUUGUAAUGAAGAGUUUUGUAAUCUGCUUUCAGCUGACUUCACAUGUUAUAUACUGUACUGUACUGGAACUCAUGUAACUAUACUGUGUGGAAAUGGGAUUAAAAGCAUCCCCUUCUUUUAAAUGUGUUGUUGUGUUCAUUCAUUCAACAUGUUGCCAAGAAAACUGUUUUGCAUGUUGUUGGAAAAUCUAAAUAGUGGAGAUCUCCAUGAAGGCCUCCAUGAUUCGGAUCCGGUUGAUAA